AUGGCCGCCCUACGAUCUGUAACACGCCUGGUGGCUCCCUCCCGAUCUGCCCUGCGAUCUUCCUUUGCCACGAGAUCGUAUGCCACAGUAACCGAGAAGUCGUCGUAUGAUACCUCCGCCAGCAGGCCACCCAUCCCAGCGUCGAAGACCACCACCGUCGAAGAACCCGUUCCAAGCAAGGAUGCAAAGAUUAAGACCUUCCAGAUUUAUCGAUGGAAUCCCGACGAGCCCACCUCGAAACCUAGGAUGCAGAGUUACACCUUGGAUCUGAACAAAACCGGACCUAUGAUGCUUGACGCACUGAUCCGGAUCAAGAACGAGGUGGACCCGACCCUGACAUUCAGACGAAGCUGCAGAGAGGGAAUUUGUGGUAGCUGUGCUAUGAACAUCGAUGGGGUCAACACACUAGCUUGCUUGUGCAGAAUCCCCACAGACACAGCAAAAGAGUCCAGGAUUUAUCCCUUGCCGCAUACAUACGUCGUGAAGGAUUUGGUACCCGAUUUGACUCAAUUCUACAAGCAAUAUAAAUCCAUCAAGCCUUUCCUUCAGAGAGACACCAAGUCUCCCGAUGGCAAAGAAUUUCGCCAAUCGCCGGCCGACCGCAAGAAGUUGGACGGUCUUUAUGAAUGCAUUCUCUGUGCUUGCUGUUCGACAUCAUGCCCAUCGUACUGGUGGAACAGCGAUGAGUACCUAGGCCCCGCCAUUCUCCUCCAAUCAUACCGCUGGCUCGCCGACUCACGAGAUGAACGCAAGGCUGAGCGAAAGGAAGCUCUCGAUAACAGCAUGAGUCUUUAUCGAUGCCACACGAUUCUGAAUUGCUCAAGAACCUGCCCCAAGGGUCUCAAUCCCGCCAAAGCAAUCGCAGAAAUUAAGAAGGAACUAGCAUUUUAG